AUGAAAGACAACGCUGUAGUAAAUGGUGAUGGUUGGAAUGGUGAUGGUGAUCACAUGACACAUCAUGAGCUGAAACGAGCGGAAAAUACGUUAUACAAAUCCGCUCAGGCGAGUAGGUACGGAGAAGAAAUUGCAAUUCUGAGUAGGCGUAAGGGAACGAACGUCAGUUCUGAAGUCUAUCAAGAUCUUCAGUUGAGCAAAUCGAGUUCACUAUUUAAACUAUCACCGUUUUUGGAUGAUGACGGUUUGUUACGUUCAGAAGGACGAAGUGGAGCAGCCUACUAUUUGUCGUACGAUGCGAAAAAUACGAUAAUACUACCGAAAGAGCACUGCAUCACGUAUUUGGUUGUAGAAUGGUAUCAUCGAAGAUACUUACACGCAAAUCGCGAGACUGUCGUGAAUGAACUCAAACAAAAAUUUCACAUCCCUAAUGUGAGGUCUUUGGUCGAUAAAGUCAAGCGAGACUGCUUUUACUGUAGGUUCAAAACUGCAUCUCCGGUUAUUCCUAAAAUGGCACCGCUUCCGGCGGCUAGACUGGAAAGCUUUUGCCGACCGUUCCAGUUUGUCGGUAUCGAUUACUUCGGACCACUAACGGUAAAAGUUGGAAGGCGAUUAGAGAAGCGCUGGGUCGCGCUCUUUACUUGCCUUGUGAUACGAGCUGUGCAUCUUGAAGUGACCCAUUCUCUAUCUACUGAAUCAUGCAAGAUGGCUAUAAGAAGAUUUAUAGCGAUACGAGGAGCACCUCAAGAAAUAUACUCCGCCAACGGAAGUAACUUCGUCGGAGCUAGCCGUGAGUUGCAAACGCAAAUUAACAACGGAGACUUGGCGAAUACGUUUACUAACUGUUACACCAAAUGGAAGUUUAAUCCUCCGGCCGCGCCUCAUAUGGGUGGGGUGUGGGAGAGGUUGGUACGUUCCGUUAAAUUGGCUUUAGAAUCUAUGAUGCUUUCAAAAUCACCCAAUGAUGAAACCCUCCUUACGGUUCUAAAGGAAGCUCAAGCAAUAGUUAACUCUCGGCCUUUAACGUUUGUUUCGUUGGACACGAAGGAUGACGAGGCGUUGACACCUAAUCAUUUCUUGAUGUUAAGCUCGAACGGUGUUGUGCAACCAACUAAGAGUAUGAACGCGAGUUCAAGUGUCUGUAGGACGGAUUGGGACUUGGCGCGGAGCAUGACGGACCAGUUCUGGAGAAGAUGGGUAAAAGAGUACCUGCCUAUCAUAACAAGACGUACGAAGUGA